CCUGUCAGCUCCAGCCCUGGAGGUGCGCGGUGCGCGCGGCGCGCUCACGCGGAAUCGGUUGAGCCCCGGGGGCGCGCCCAAGCGUCUGAGGGCGCGCAGGCACGUACUGAUGUCCCUCGCCUACCCUUCCUGUCUUUCCGAGAGGGUAUUGUUACCUUUCCGAUCGGAGGGCCAGGCGGCUAGGAGACGGGCUCUUCUGCGCAGGCGUCCCCCGUGUCCCGACGCCAGGCUGUCUGUCUGCGGGGUGGGGCGGGGGCUCGUGUCCCCGCGGAUCUGUAGCUGGGAACGGAGCUUCCCGGGAUGGGGUAGCAAAGGCCUCUGGACCUACAGCCUUGCGGGAUGAAUAGAAGGUCUGUUGCCCUGCGGGAUGGAGGCGGGUGGCUCAUCUUGCCCCCAUCCUGGGUCUUCUCGAGCGACUGGAUCUCCUUUCAUCCGAUCCAGGCCCCAGACACAGUGUGGAUGCGGGAGCCGGCGGGGGCUCCGGAGGGGUGGAGUCACUUUCGGAAUGUCUCAACUUGUUAGGAAAGACUGAAGUGUUGAAUAGGCGUUUUUGAAUGCCUUAUACUUUCGGGCUUCGGGUUGAGAAGCUGUAGGAGGUGCGGUGGUAAGAGUCGGUCAUUUUGUCAUCUUCCUCUGGAGGACGGAUUUGUAUCGAACCAUCCGUGUUAGGCAGUGUAAGGGGGGUUGAAGAUUAGGGUUUUCUUUUUGUUUCCUUUCCCUUCCCUAAAAUGCCAGUCUGCAUUUUGGCAUAGUGAAGAAUACUGUAGAAGCAAAUUCCUAAUUAGAAGACAAAAUAAAAAAUACUUAACUUGAAGGAAAACAUUUUUGGGGAAAAACAUUAAAAUCUUGAUUACUAAGUAUUGUGCUCUAGAUCCAGUUAAUAGAAGAAAACUCUUCACCUUCAACAACUGAAACAACAACAAAAAAAUCCAAACUACAUUUUUUUUUAAAAACUUGGACUAAGUAGAAGAUGUCAUAUCUAUUUGAAUUUUUUGGAGAUUGAAGAAAAUACUGUGUUGUAGUCAUGGCUGAUGACUUGUCUUAUGGGACCAUUGGGCCUUGGGUCAUUUGGAAAGGUGGGCUAGAUAUCUCACUUUUUCUGGAGAAUUUGCUUUUCCUUUGCUAAAGUCUUGUGAUUCUUGACGAAGCUGUUUGGCAGUAGCUAACAGAGUGGGGAGGGAAGAGACCAGAUGAAUAGAGGAGAAAGAAUUUCAGAGAAAAAGGCCCUUAAGCCAAAGGAAGGCCUUCCACUAUUUGCUUUAACUCUUCUGGACAUUUCAACAACUUGGGAAGACUGACUUGGUCACUGCAGCCAGCUUAGUGACCCUGCCAGGAUAAUGGAUUUUCCAGGUCACUUUGAACAGAUCUUCCAGCAACUGAACUACCAGAGACUUCACAGCCAGCUCUGUGAUUGUGUUAUUGUGGUGGGGAAUAGACACUUUAAGGCCCACCGCUCGGUGCUGGCAGCAUGCAGCACACAUUUCCGCGCCCUGUUCUCCGUGGCAGAAGGAGAUCAGACCAUGAACAUGAUCCAGCUGGAUAGCGAGGUGGUGACAGCGGAGGCCUUCGCCGCCCUGAUUGACAUGAUGUACACCUCCACGCUCAUGCUGGGGGAGAGUAAUGUCAUGGACGUCUUACUGGCAGCCUCUCACCUGCACUUGAACUCCGUCGUUAAGGCAUGUAAACAUUACCUGACGACAAGGACGCUGCCCAUGUCUCCCCCCAGCGAGCGCGUGCAGGAGCAGAGCGCCCGCAUGCAGCGCUCCUUCAUGCUGCAGCAGCUGGGGCUGAGCAUCGUGAGCUCAGCCCUCAGUUCCAGCCAGGGUGUGGAGGAGCCCCCAGCCCCGAUAAGCUCAUCCAUGCGCAGUAACCUGGACCAGCGGACGCCCUUCCCCAUGAGGCGCCUUCAUAAGCGCAAGCAGUCGGCCGAGGAGCGGGCCCGGCAGCGCCUGCGCCCCGCCCUGGAUGAGGCCGCCGUCGCCGACGUGGCCCCGGAGGCCGGGCCUGGGGGAGUGCAUUCUCGGGAGGAGUUCUUUUCACCAGAUUCGCUGAAGAUGGUGGAGAAUCCUAAGCCCGACGGAAUGACGGACAGCCAGGAAGACGGCGGCAUCCUGUUUGACCAGUCUUUCGGGGCCCAGGAAGACGCCCAGGUGCCCAGCCAAUCGGACACCACUGCCAGCAACAUGGCGCAGCUGUCCAUGGCCUCUCGCGCAACGCAGGUGGAGACGAGCUUUGAGCAGGAGGCUGCCGCCGAGAAGAGUGGUUUCCCGUGUGAGAACCCCGAGGUUGGCCUUGGCGAGAAGGAACACAUGAGAGUGGUGGUGAAGUCGGAGCCCCUGAGCUCCCCGGAGCCCCAGGACGAAGUGAGCGACGUCACCUCCCAGGCCGAAGGCAGCGAGUCCGUGGAAGUGGAAGGCGUGGCCGUCAGCGCCGAGAAGAUAGACCUCAGCCCCGAGAGCAGCGAUCGCAGUUUUUCAGAUCCUCAGUCCAGCACCGACAGGGUGGGUGACAUCCACAUUUUGGAAGUCACAAAUAACCUUGAACAUAAGUCUACUUUUAGCAUUUCAAAUUUUCUGAACAAGAGCAGAGGGAGUAACUUUAGUACAAGUCAGAGCAAUGAUGAUAACAUCCCAAACACUACUAGUGACUGCAGGCUGGAGGGGGAAGCCCCUUACUUGUUGAGUCCCGAGGCUGGGCCUCCAGGCGGGCCUUCCUCUGCCCCCGGCUCCCAUGUGGAGAAUCCAUUCAGCGAGCCUGCAGACUCCCACUUCGUCAGACCCAUGCAGGAGGUGAUGGGCCUGCCAUGUGUGCCGACUUCAGGUUACCAAGGAGAACAGUUUGGGAUGGAUUUUUCCAGGUCUGGCUUGGGCCUCCACUCCUCCUUUUCCAGGGUAAUGAUGGGUUCCCCAAGAGGAGGAGCCAGUAACUUUCCAUAUUACCGCCGUAUAGCUCCCAAAAUGCCCGUUGUAACUUCCGUCAGGAGCUCACAGAUCCCUGAAAACUCUGCCAGUUCCCAGCUGAUGAUGAAUGGGGCCACAUCCUCAUUUGAAAAUGGCCAUCCUUCCCAGCCUGGGCCUCCACAGUUGACCAGAGCAUCUGCCGAUGUCUUGUCAAAGUGCAAGAAGGCCUUAUCAGAGCACAAUGUCUUGGUGGUAGAAGGAGCUCGCAAGUAUGCCUGCAAGAUCUGCUGCAAAACCUUCCUGACUUUGACAGAUUGCAAGAAGCACAUCCGUGUUCACACAGGUGAAAAGCCUUACGCCUGCCUGAAGUGUGGCAAGAGGUUUAGUCAGUCUAGCCACCUGUAUAAACAUUCCAAAACGACCUGCCUGCGCUGGCAGAGCAGCAACCUUCCCAGCACUUUGCUCUAACUCUCCUCCUUGUAAGACCAUGUCUAGGCCAGUUCUGGAACUUUUGGUGGGCAGUUAAUGCCAUGGAGGCUUCAGCAGCCAGUUUUGAUGAUGCACAAGUGGAGAGUGGUUCCAUGUCACACUUGGGCUGCAGCAGUGUGUAACUUGUAAGAGGGAUGCAAUCCCUGGAACCGGCGUCUUCCUUAGGGUUGAGUAAUCCAGUCCUACAGUAAUUUGCAACUGAUGUUGUUAAAAGUGGCAUAUUUAGAAAUUUAAAAAUGCAAGUGCAAAAAACAUUUUUAGGCAAUUUUUUGAAAUGCUCUGUGAAGCAUUUAAAUUUCCUAUGCCCUCUGGUGAGACUAGUACAACCCUGUACCAUGAUGCAAAACGCACUUAUGUGUAACCAGCGGCAACGUGGUGCCAGUCUUAAAGGAAGGCCCUCGAGGACAUGCCUGUCCGCCACAGAUGCUUUAAAGUGUAUCCUGAGCCAGUCCUAGGUCUCAGAGUACUGUAUUUUUUUUAUUUUUUUGUCUGAGUUGCAGUCACAGACACUGCCCUUUGAUGGUGCUGACAUUGAGUCCAGGUGAGCAUUCUCUUGGAAUAACAGCUGUAUAUACUUUUGAAAAUAUCUCUGCUGGAUAGAUAUUUUAACUUUUUUUCCUGGCUUAAAAACAAAGUUGUAAAUUGAGUAUAUACUUGUAGGGAGUGACAAGUAGGGUUUUAUUUCUGUAUGUGCUAUUUUAGCAGUAUUUUAACUUGUAUUACCAAUGUUACAGUUCCUGUUUGAAUGUCAGCAAAGAGCUAGUGUUUGUCUUUGUUCUGAUGGUGUGAAGUCAUGUAUUGUGGGGGUUUUCCUGGCACAUUUUCCCUCUGCUCCAUCCAGCUGUUGAAGACCAGUCCUGUCAGACGCAUUUCUGCUGAGGACAAACCAUCUUGUCUUGUUUCGUUUCUUCACACUCCCAGGCCCCAUGUGGCAUCUCUCCCAAUCCUAGAUUACUGUUAUCAGUUACAAAGUAGCCCAACAGAAUGCCACCCUCCAUGUUUUUAUUAUAUACUAUAUUUUAAAAGCAUACACACUAAAUUUUUAUUGUAGCCCUUCCAACCCAAUACUGAGUGUUGCAAAAUUAUGUGAAGUCCAUAGGUAGUAGUAUUCAUAGAUGGGUAUUUUUCCAGACUUAAGAUAUUAGGGAGCCCAUGACAUAGAAGUUACCCAUUAGCUUUCAAACCUGAGUAGCAUUCUGGACACUAACCAGGGCUUCUACCAGGCCCUCCUGCCCUACCUCCCCAAUCUUUGCCUUGCCGUCCUCCAACAUGAGGCUGUCACCCGUGCAGCCAUGGGAACGGCACAGGUUCAUGCAUCUCAUUCAGUUUAGUUCCUGCAUGAAGAGGAGUUUAUUUUUUCUUACAUAGCUCUCAGACAGCAAACCAUUGUGCAGAAUUCAAGAGAUCAGUUCUGAAGUUUAGAAAGCCAACUAUAUGUACCCUAAAACAAAAAUGAGUGUUUAUCUUCUCAGUCUAGUGUGUGCAGUUAUACCUCUGUGGAUAAACUAUGGUGUUCCCAGAGGGCUUGGCAUCUCCUGUGGACUCCUAGGAGGAAACCCCAAAGGGAAACCUGUGAUUCCUCCUUUUGAGCACUAUGGAGGAUGUAGGAUCAUCUGUGAAAUUCAGUUGUGUGUGGUUCAUUGUCAAGUGAUAUGAGGGGCUCUAAUUCUACCCUCAUGAUGUAGGGACCAGUGUCCUGUGAGAUUAAUCUCUGGAGUCAGGUAGGUCAGCAUGGAGAACAAGAGAGGUCCUGCCUGGGCCUGGGGCGAGGAGCCUGCCCCCUUGGCACAACUGGACUUUGCAUUGGGGCCCAUCUGACACAUGCUGGAGCCCUCUCUCCACUGCUGAAUGGAACCUGGAAUAUCUCAUCUACCUCUUGGUCAGUCGGUUUCUACGUGCGAGAAGCAAGCUUGUGGGCCAUUGUCCUCAGACAUGCUGUAGCACUUAAAAAAAGUAAUUCCAAGGUUCUCUGGAGAACCAGCCCCCAGAGAUCCUGCCUGGAGUCUAACUGGUAUUGGGACCUGAAUUUUGAUUGAUUAGCCUUAAUUAUAGCCUGGCAUAAUCUUGUACAAUGUAUUCUGGUGAUCACAUCAUCAAGUUCGAUCAGGGCACCUUUGUCAGUGGUGCUAUGCUGGUAAGAGUUGAGAUUUUGAAAUAAAAAAUUUGUCAUA